GGUUAUCUAGUUCGCCAUUCUUUCUUAAACUGAAAACCCUAGCUAGCUUCCCAUUUAAAAUUUAUUUAUUCAAGAUUUGCAGCGGAUUGUAUUGAUUAAUAUAAAAAAAAAAUUGUUUGAUUCGAUGGGCGGCGGUUCCGAUGCGGCGGAAACAACUUCAUUAUCGUGUCUCCGAUGCGGGAAGCCUGCUAAUCUUCAAUGUCCGAAAUGUGUUGAAUUAAAGCUUCCUCGUGAAGGUGCUUCGUUCUGCUCGCAGGACUGUUUUAAGGCAACUUGGAGCAGUCAUAAAUCAGUUCAUGUGAAGGCAAAAUUAUCGUCACUUGAACAAAACUCUGAGUUGGGUAGAAAUGAAGGUUGGCUGUAUUGCUUGAGGCGAGGACAGGAUCGGUUUCCUAAACUUCCUUAUUUUGAUUGGACUGGGACAUUAAGGCCAUAUCCCAUAUCCCCAUAUCGUGUAGUUCCUGCAAACAUAGAGAAGCCUGAUUGGGCAAUUGAUGGAAUCCCAAAGAUCGAACCCAACAGUGAAUGGCAGCAUGCUGUGGAGAUCAAAACUCCUGAUCAAAUCCAAAAAAUGCGAGAAACUUGUCGAAUAGCCAGGGAAGUGCUGGAUGCGGCUGCUCGUGUCGUUCGUCCUGGUAUAACAACUGAUGAAAUCGAUCGAGUUGUUCAUGAGGCAACUAUUGCUGCUGGAGGAUAUCCAUCUCCUUUAAACUAUCAUUUCUUUCCAAAAUCAUGCUGCACGUCAGUUAAUGAAGUAAUCUGCCAUGGAAUUCCUGAUGCCAGGAAAUUAGAGGACGGCGAUAUUGUAAAUGUGGAUGUGACUGUGUAUUACAAAGGUGUCCAUGGUGAUCUUAAUGAGACAUUCUUUGUGGGAAAUGUCGAUGAAUCAUCUCGACAGCUGGUCCAGUGUACUUACGAGUGCUUAGAGAAAGCAAUAUCCAUAGUGAAACCUGGGGUGCGAUUUCGUGAAGUUGGAGAGGUUAUUAACCGCCAUGCUACGAUGGCUGGGUUAUCUGUGGUGAAGUCAUAUUGUGGCCACGGUAUUGGAGAGCUUUUCCAUUGUGCUCCAAAUAUUCCUCAUUAUGCAAGAAAUAAAGCUGUUGGUGUGAUGAAGGUUGGACAAACCUUUACCAUUGAACCCAUGAUUAACACAGGGGUUUGGCGUGAUCGGAUGUGGCCCGAUGGAUGGACUGCUGUAACUGCAGAUGGGAAAAGAAGUGCUCAGUUUGAGCAUACCCUUCUGGUAACGGAAACUGGAGUCGAGGUUCUUACAGCACGGGUGUCUUCAUCUCCCAAUGUCUUCCCGUGGCUAAAUGCGUAAAGAGACCUUUGUUUGGCCGUCCUCUCAGCAAUAUCUUGCUUGUAAUACAAUUGGAAAUAAGUAUUCCCAUCCAAUUUUGAAUUUACGUUCCUCAUUUCAGUCGGUGCCUUCGAGUUUAGAUUUUGUUGUUUGAACAUAGUGAAUAGAGCCCUCAAGUUUUUGUUUUUGAA